AUGUAUCCAGAAAGCAAAAAGUGGACCGCCGAGGCCGUGCAUCACAAGCUGUUCGACACGAGGCGACAGAUCGUCAAGUUCAGCCUGAGGCGCAUGAUCGUCGGCGGCAAGAGGAACCAGGAGGCGGUGGCUGCGAAACGCUUCAGAAGCAUCAGGGGCGUGCUCGAGCACUACGUGAAGCGCAGCAGUCUGCACGGCGUCAGGUACUGGGGCGACAGCCAGCUCUAUAAAUUCGAGCGCGUCGCCUGGAUGAUAACGGUAAUCGUCGGUCUCGUCUGGUCGAUAUCCAUCAUCAUUCACUUUUAUCAAAAUUAUCAGGCCGAGAAAACCAACUUGAUCAUCGACGAGAUCAAUUACGGUAUUUUCAACGUGCCCUUCCCGAGCAUCACUAUCUGCCCGGAGAAUCGCGUCGACUGGACGAAAGCCACGAGCCUGAUAAGCCAGCUCGGAAUCGAGGACGCGCGCGUCAAGCGACUGCUGCGCGACAUACUCGACAAUCUGUCGGAUCUGAAGGUCUCGCAUCUGCAGGAGCUGAGUCUUGAGACCGACGAGAUAUUGCUGGAAUCGUUGAACAAUGUCAACGUGACGAGGAUACUGUACGAGUCCAUGCCCGAGUGUCGAAAAUUCAUGUUCAACUGCACGUGGAAGUACAAGUCCGUGGAUUGCUGCUCGAUCUUCCGGGCCCAGAAGACGUUCUACGGCUUCUGCUACGGCUUCAACUCGCUGACGUCCGAGGGCAACAAUCUCACCGAGCCCGAGAGGACCCAGAGCUUCGGCAUGAACAGCGGACUGUCGGUCAUCUUGAAGAACAUUUCCUUUCGCAGUCCUCCUAAUACAGAGAACAAAGUGGCCAUACUGAUGAUAGCCCAUCCCCACAUAUACCCGUCCAAGGGCCAGCUCAUAGCCUACGGAAACGAGUACAACAUCGAUCUCGGCUUCACUGCAGCCGUGGCCGAUCCGGCCGUGCUGGCCCUGGAGAACAACACGAAUCCGCCGUGCAAGAAUAACGGCGGCAAUUACAAAUUCGACAACUGUUUGAAGGAGUGCCUGCAGAGGUACAUACACUACUCGUGCAAGUGCAAUCCGACCUUUUUGUUUCCUUUCAGCGAGAACAUCAAUACGAUACAUUUGCAGCUGCGCAACAAAUCGUGGCUAGUCGACUGGGAUCUCGACGAGGUUUGCGUCUGCCCGACCGAAUGCGAAUAUUGCAAUUACAUCGAGUCCACCAUUAGCGUGCCAUUCAGGCCGGAUUCAAUUAAGUUGGACGUACACUUUAAUGGCGCUACGGGUGUACUUUACAGUCGAGAGAUCAAAAUAUCCAACAUGGACAUGCUGGUCCAAUUCGGCGGUAUUUUCGGCCUCUUCGUGGGUGGAUCGGUGCUGAGCUUCGUCGAGCUCGUGUACUGCGCGGCCUGCUGCACGGCCUACUGCUUGAUCAAAUCGAUGCGGCGCAGGAUGAAGAUGCAAAAGAGGAAGGCGGCGAGCCAGACGACGAUACUGCCGACGGUUUCGGCGUCCGAGAUCAACGGCCAAUGGCCCUAUCCGCUCGUCGAUUUUCCCAUCCCGAAUAAUCAAAAAAUCGUCAAUAACUCGGCUGUGUAG